GAAGAUUCCAGGACAGGAAGUUUUGUCUACCUUCUCCAUGUGUCCCUGUAGUCCACUCGUUCAUUCAUUUAAAACACGGAGCCUUUACAUUGUUACUUUUUCUUUGCUUUGUCAAACAGGAAUAGCAUUGCGCCUUUAAAAUACAAUAUCGUAUAAUAUAUAUCAGAUAAAGCAAAGGCAACAGCGGUUGUAUUGUCGUGUCGGCGGUGCUAGCAAACGUAGAAGGAACGUUCAAGUCUACUUGGGAAUCUCAAGAGUAAACAUUUGAAGAGUGACUUUUGGAUGGAAAGUGCGGGUGACAGCAACAUGGUCAAGGAAAACCGGUGGAACAUCCCCCCUAGUGCUCCUGCCUGCAUGGAGAAGCAUCUCUGCGCGGCUCAGUACAGAUCAGAUGGCACCCUGCUGCUUGGGGCCUCCAGCCUCUCUGGCAGGAGCUGGCAGGGAUCUCUGUGGAUCUACAGUGACCCUGCGCAGGCCCCCAAUGAAGGUUUCUGCAAAGCUGGUGUUCAGACUGAAGCUAGUAUCACUGACGUCAAGUGGGUGGGUGAAAAAGGAAUCAUUGUCACAUCAGAUUCAGGUGCCCUGGAGCUCUGGGAAUUGGCAGAGGACGAGCGCCUGCUGAUGAAUCGCUUCACCAAACAUGACCAUGACCACAUUGUGACCACAGUGAGCCCCAUCGUAGGAGCAAGCAGUGCUGUUACUGGCAGCAUGGACUGCCGAAUUAAAAUCUGGGAUCUCAGUCAGGAAACAGUUGUCACCACCUACGAUGUUCACACACAGCCUGUCAGUUGUGUCGCCUGCAGUCCUACAGAUGAGUCUCUCUUCAUUUCCUGUGGCCAGGAUGGCCGUGUCUUAAUGUGGGACAGGAGGAAGCCAAAUAAACCUGCUUCAAGACUGGAUGUCAAAUCCCCCAGCUGUGCUCCCACCACUGCAGCGUGGCACUCUCACCACAGAAGCACCAUUGCUUUUGGUGACGAGUUGGGCCGAGUGACCGUGAAAGAUUUCCUGGGAACCGAGCCCGCCCAGGUGGCAAAGGUCCAUAGCCGCAGAGUCAAUGGACUUGCCUUCUCUACAAAUAGUGCCCCCUUGCUAGCCUCCGUCAGUGACGACUGCUCUGUCUCUGUUAUGAACUCAGACCUGAAAGAAAUACUCAGAGACCGGCAACAUCAGGACUUUGUCACGGGCGUUUGCUGGCUUCAGGGUGGCUCCACCACCCUCACCACUGUUGGCUGGGACCAUCUCGUGCUUCACCACACGGUGGCUCCAGCUGCGGGACACGCCAGCCCCUCCUCCUAGAUUUAACAUGGUCCCCUUUGAAAAGGGCCUCUCAAGACAACUACUCACGCCGGGUGUUCACGUGUAUCUGGAGAGCUAAUGUAACAUGUUUGUGAGCAAAAGUGGAUUCCAGUUUCUCAUCAUUAUCCAGCACUUUAGAUACUUGGACGUCUCUGUGUCAUAUUGGCGUAUUACUCGUCACAAACUCUGUUAUACUGUAAAACAUUUGCAUGUUAGGAAGUCUGCUUGUAAUGGAUCAUUUUACAUUAAAGAUGU